CAUCACCUCUGCCCACCCUUUGAGUUUAGCAGUAAAAGCUGGUGCCUCAUUGGCAAGCUGUAAACACUCGUGUCACCUACCUGAUGUGUGUGAUCCUGGAUAUGCGUGCUCCUCUCUUUGUGCUGCUGGCUGCCAUUGCUCUUCAGCCAGCAGCUGUAGUAUCUCUAACUCAUAAGGAUGCCUUUCCCCCACUCUGGCACCUUGCUCCUGGAAAUAUUAAGGAUUAUUCAAUGAAAGACAACAAAAUCAUCAUUGAUGCCUGGAACUAUGAAGAGAGACUGGGAAUGUACAAGAUCAUGCUGAACCACUCAAGCAAAUAUUUCACUGCAUUUGGAUCAAACAAUGUGGGCAACAUCCUGUGGGGUUUGCCUUUGCAGCAUGGUUGGCAGUACCAUACAGGGAGAUUAGCUCUUCCUCCCAAUUCAACCUGUGGCCAUGGAUCUGGAGACCAUCUCUGCAUAUCUGUGCAAAGCUGGUGGGGCUGUAUGAAUUACUACCUGGCUAUCAUACCGUUUCUGGGUGCUUUGGAAGCUGGCUUUUUUGGGCAACUAAAAUAUCCAGUAGAAAUAUUACCACCAGAAGAGCAAAAAGAGGAUUUCUGCUACAGUGUUUCUGACUGCCAUUCCCAAAUUCCAAAACUCAUGGAUGAAUGGAAGGCCUAUUUUGAGUACCUGUUAUCUGCUGGACGGACUCCUGCCUCAAUAAAAUUAGACGAUGCUCUGAAUUACUUGUGGAAAGCGCACGUAGCAUCCAUUGAUUAUGCACUUCCAAAAUUCAAAAACAGAUUAAAAUAUCUCUCGGGCCCCGAGUCAAAUUUCGGGAAAAAUUGGGCAAAUGGUGUGGAAUUCAUUGCAGCUACACAUUUUCCUACAGAUUUACAGAAUACAAGUGAAUACCAGGCAUUCUUACCACCAAGACUACUUGUUGAAGGAGAUGCAAUCCCAUUCAUUGGUGAUUUCAGUCCAGAGCAGAACAAAGUCUUGCUUUCAUUGUGUGUUCUUCAUAAAACAAAUGAAUUUACAGGAGGAGCCUUCCUAGCAUUCUGGAGAAUGGCUAUGUCCACUGAAGAAGGGAGAGCAGCAGGCCGAAGUCUUAUUCGACUUUUGAUUUCAAGUGGGAACGUGACACCUGAUGCAGUGGGAAUAUAUAAAGGUUCGUGCUGAGCUGUUCUGUCUGCACCUGGUUUCUUGACAAAGCACAGUUCCAACAUGAGCCUGAUGGAUUUCAUCAUUUAGGUGAUCUGGUCAAGUUCACUUCUUAACACAGGAUUUCCUGAGUAGCUACAUGUGUGCCAUGAAUCAAUAUCAUUAUUCCUAAUUUUCCUAAUUGCUCCUAUUCAUUUAGCUCAUUUUCUCAUGAUUAAAAUUCCUUAAA